AUGGCCCACCAGCCUGAAGACAUCCAUGAAGAACAGAUCCACUUUGCGAACGUCAUUGCGACAUUUCGUAACUAUGCUCAGUACUCACUAGCAGCUAACAAUCGCAGAAGAAAAGACGUGUAUACCCUUCCCCAAGCCGAUCAAGAAGUCUUAGAGAAACUAGGAUAUAAGCAAAAGCUCGAUGACGUUGACAAGACUAUCCUAAUCAACGCAGAUUUUCUCUUGAAGAUAGCUGAAAAUCCCGAGAUCUUCGGUCACGAUGUUGACUUGGAUGAAGAGAACCUACAAAUUGGCAACGUGGAGCGUGUAAAUUCACACGAACAUCAUGCAGGUCCCCUCCUUGCUUCACUUGUCAUUGAGGAAGGAAUGUCAAACUAA